AUGGCGGCUUCCGCACUAGCCAAGUUCAACUCUACAACGGAUUACAUACUGCAAAGCUACCCAAGAUGGCAGGAUAUGGACUUCAGCAAAAACUGCACAAUAUAUGGUGCCUGGCUGACCGCCUACAUCACUACAUACCGGUUCGUGAUCCCCGUGAGCGACAAGAAAGCAGUCUUGGGACCCAACCUCCAACUGACCCCCGUCUUUGUCGGCAUGGCCCUGCCCGAUAACUUCAAACUCCCAGAGGGAAGCCUCCGUGGUAAGACGGUGGCUGAGGUAAAUGUCGACGCCGAGCUGAAUUCAUGGUUCUAUGCAAACUUGCAAAGGAUAAAUGCAAACGGCACUUUGGUGGUCAACGAAGACUUUUUGCGCCAUACGAUUUUUGAACCCUUUGACAAGUGCACAACCGAGUAUUGCACAGCUAUCGGUUUUCUCGGCAAUGCCGACAUGACAGGCAUAGGCAUUAUGAUUUCGUACUACAUCGGCGCAGGCUUCGCAACCGCCUACUUGAUAGCGUUCAGCAUCGAGAGAUACAAGCAAGCAAGGAGGCGGCAUGUCUCGAGACAAGGGAUGCCUACGAGGGCUGCCACCUUUGGCCACAAGGCUUCCAAACGCGUGCUUGAGGCGUUUCACGGCAGCUUCUUUGGAUACAUCACCGCUGCCAUGAUGCUCUGCGUAUCGAUGCUGGCCGCCGGCAUAUAUAUUGCAGUUGACAAGAUCGGCGAGAACAACCUACCACUCGACGAGAGAGAAUCGUUUUUCGGCACAGCCAGCAUAUACGACAUGUCAUUGUCAAUGGCCAGCUGCGUGUUCAGUAUCUUUCCCAUCUUGGUAGGAUACUGCUUCAUGCGAGCGCCUGAACAGGGCCAAGGGGCCAACCACAAGAAAUGGCUUCGAAGGGCGGUGCUGUUGCUCAUCUGGGUUCUCAUCACCAUUGAGCUCUUUCUCUCUCCCAGAGGAGAGAUCGACUAUGACGAUCGCAAAAUCGAUCUCAAAAGCAUGACGCCAUUGGACCGCCAAGAAUACGAAGCCACUUAUGUGUGCGACCAGCGUGGAGGGAAAAUUUACUGGAACAUUGUGAAGGCACUUCAGUUUAUGGUGAUUGGGCUACCUUUGAUAUGGUUUGUCGCCACCAUGUUUGUCUUCAAGGGCUUCGCCGUUCCGCGCCUCCGAGACAGCCCAACCCUGCAAAGACUCCGGAAGGUCUGGCAUCUGAUUCCUGCUUAUGUGGCUUUGGUGCUCAUGUGGGCGUCGCUUCUCUUUCUCCAAUGGUACCGACAAAAGAUUAGGAACAACUCGGGGAAGUUGGGAGAAGAGUCGCAAUGGGGGUUUGGCCAAAUCCUCUCCCUCUUUCUCUGGGCCCCGACCGUCGUCGAGUUUGUCUACAUUCUCAUUUGGGGCUUGGAGGACAGCCUUCAGAGCCACAUGCCUCCCAACCUGCAGCUCACGGUCGAACGCAAGCCUACGAACUUCCAGCCUGGAAACAUGGACUACCACCCCGGCGAUGAAACAACGGCAAACAACGACCAGCCUGAUUUCGAGGCCGGCGGCUACAAGAUGGUACCCGUGAUAAGCUCGAGAGCCACGGCUGCAUACGACACGGCCUACUCGAGCCCCAUGGCGACGCCUCAGGCGGCCCCGCCGGUCGAGCAGGUCGCGAUCGCGGACGGGUUCUACGCCCAGGACAUGAGCGGCAACUGGGUGAUGGUCAGCAAGGAGCAGGCUGCGAUGCUGCCUGGGUGUAUGCACGUCGUCAACGGGCGGGUGGUUCCUCCAGUGAGCAACACCGCGCAAACGUAG